UACCCAUUCUAUAACUGACUGGAGCUCUAUGUUGAGCCUAUUGCUAGUUACCCAUUCUAUAACUGACUGGAGCUCUAUGUUGAGCCUAUUGCUAGUUACCCAUUCUAUAACUGACUGGAGCUCUAUGUUAAGCCUAUUGCUAGUUACCCAUUCUAUAACUGACUGGAGCUCUAUGUUAAGCUAGUUACCCAUUCUAUAACUGGCUGGAGCUCUAUGUUGAGCCUAUUGCUAGUUACCCAUUCUAUAACUGACUGGAGCUCUAUGUUGAGCCUAUUGCUAGUUACCCAUUCUAUAACUGACUGGAGCUCUAUGUUGAGCCUAUUGCUAGUUACCCAUUCUAUAACUGACUGGAGCUCUAUGUUGAGCCUAUUGCUAGUUACCCAUUCUAUAACUGACUGGAGCUCUAUGUUGAGCCUAUUGCUAGUUACCCAUUCUAUAACUGACUGGAGCUCUAUGUUGAGCCUAUUGCUAGUUACCCAUUCUAUAACUGACUGGAGCUCUAUGUUGAGCCUAUUGCUAGUUACCCAUUCUAUAACUGACUGGAGCUCUAUGUUAAGCCUAUUGCUAGUUACCCAUUCUAGAACUGACUGAAGCUCUAUGUUGAGCCUAUUGCUAGUUACCCAUUCUAGAACUGACUGGAGCUCUAUGUUGAGCCUAUUGCUAGGUACCCAUUCUAGAACUGACUGGAGCUCUACGUUAAGCCUAUUGCUAGUUACCCAUUCUAGAACUGACUGGAGCUCUAUGUUAAGCCUAUUGCUAGUUACCCAUUCUAGAACUGACUGGAGCUCUAUGUUAAACCUAUUGUUAGUUACCCAUUCUAGAACUGACUGGAGCUUAAUGUUAAACCUAUUGCUAGGUACCCAUUCUAUAACUGACUGGAGCUCUAUGUUAAGCCUAUCAGUGCUAGAGGUGUCACUACAGACCCUGGUUCAAUUUCAGGCUGUAUCACAACCGGCUGUGAUUGGGAGUACCAUCGGGCGACGCACAAUUGGCUCAGCGUCAUUGUAAAUAAGAAUUUGUUCUUAACUGACUUGUGUAGUUAAAUAAAAUAUCAGCAACAGAAGAAACAGGUUCAUAAAUGCUUCAAGUGUGGUUUCAGGUUGUUCCUCAGAACAACAAAUAUUUUUCACUUCUUCGACAUAGGAAUCAUUGCAAAACCUCUUGUAUUAUCGUUUAUACACAACUUUAGGUCCGGUCUUUGGAAUUAUUUUUUUUCUAAAUAUGUCUAUUAUAUUAUGAUCACUACAUCUGGUGGUUGUACACUGCUUUAGUGAAGAGUGAAGAGGCGAUUCCGGGAUGCUGGCCUUCUAGGCAGAGUUGCAAAGAAAAAGUCAUAUCUCAGACUGGCCAAUAAAAAGAAAAGAUUAGGAUGGGCUAAAGAACACAGACACUGGACAGAGGAACUCUGCCUAGAAGACCAGCAUCCCAGAGUCGCCACUUAACUGUUGAUGUUGAGACUGGUGUUUUGCAGGUACUAAUUAAUGAAGGUGCCAGUUGAGGACUUGUGAGGUGUCUGUUUCUCAUACUAGACACUCUAAUGUACUUGUCCUCUUGCUCAGUUGUGCACCCGGGCCUCCCACUCCUCUUUCUAUUCUGGUUAGAGACAGUUUGCACUGUACUGUGAAGGGAGUAGUACACAGUGUUGCACGAGAUCUUCAGUUUCUUGGCAAUUUCUCGCAUGGAAUAGCCUUCAUUUCUCAGAACAAGAAUAGGCUGACGAGUUUCAGAAGAAAGUUCUUUGUUUCUGGCCAUUUUGAGCCUGUAAUCGAACCCACAAAUGCUGAUGCUCCAGAUACUCAACUUGUCUAAAAACGGUACUUUGUUGAAACACCUUUGGCAGCGAUUACAGCCUCGAGUCUUCUUGGGUAUGAUGCUACAAGCUUGGCACACCUGUAAUUGAGGAGUUUCUCCCAUUCUUCUGUGCAGAUCCUCUUAAGCUCUGUCAGGUUGGAUGGGGAGCGUCGCAGCACAGCUAUUUUCAGGUCUCUCCAGAGAUGUUCGAUCAGGUUCAAGUCCGGACUCUGUUUGGGCCCUCAAGGACAUUCAGAGACUUUUCCCUAAGCCACUCCUACGUUGUCUUGGCCGUGUGCUUAGGGUCGUUGUCCUGUUGUAAAGUAAACUUUUGCUCCAGUCUGAGGUCCUGAGCGCUCUGGAGCAGGUUUCCAUCAAGGAUCUCUCUGUAUUUUGCUUCGUUCACCUUUCCCUUGAUCCUGACUAGUCUCCCAGUCCCUGGCACAGAAAAACAUCCCCCCCAGCAUAAUUCUGCCACCACCAUUCUUCACCGUAGGGAUGGUGCCAGGUUUCCUCCAGACGUGACGCUUGGCAUUCAGGCCAAAGAGGCCAAUUUUGGUUUAAUCAGAACAGAGAAUCGUGUUUUUCAUGGUCUGAGAGUCUUUAGGCGCUUUUUGGCAAACUCCAUGCAGGCUGUCAGGUGCCUUUUACUGAGGAGUGACUUUCGUCUCGUCACUCUGCCAUAAAGGCCUGAUUGGUGGAGUGCUGCAGAGAUGGUUGUCCUGCUGGAAGGUUCUCCCAUCUCCACAGAGGAACUCUGUCAGAGUGACCAUCGGGUUCUUGGUCACCUCCCUGACCAAGGCCAUUUUCCUCCGAUUGCUCAGUUUGGCCGGAUGGCCAGCUCUAGGAAGAGUUUUGGUGGUUCCAAACUUCUUCCAUUUUAAGAAUGAUGGAGGGCACUGUUCUUUGGGACCUUCAAUGCUGCAGACAUGUUUUGGUACCCUUCCCCAGAUCUGUGCCUUGACACAAUCCUUUCUAGGAGCUCUAUGGACAAUUCCUUCGACCUCAUGGCUUGGUUUUUGAUCUGACAUGCACUGUCAACUGUGGGACCUUAUAUACACAGGUGUGUGCCUUUCCAAAUCAUGUCUAAUCAAUUGAAUUUACCACAGUUGUAGAAACAUCUCAAGGAUGAUCAAUGGAAACAGGAUGCACCUGAGCUCAAUUUCGUGCCGCAUAGCAAAGGGUCUGAAUACUUAUGUAAAUAAGGUAUUUAUGUUUUAUGUUUUUUUUAUACAUUUGCAAAAAUGUCUAAAAACCUGUUUCCGAAUGCAUUGUAUGUAAACAUAAACUGUGUUAGUAUGUGUUUGUGAAACAUUUAAAUACAGUAAACCUGGCUAGUUUUCAAUACAAAUUGCAUACAAAACCUGUCCAUUACAUAGGCCUAAAAUCAUCUGCAUUGGUUGGAUUUAAAACUGGUUUGGAUUUUGUGUCAAACUGGGGGGAAAAAUCACCAAGGGUUUGAUUUUCAUAUGGGUUGGAAAAACGUAAUAAGCAAACUCAUUUAACAGCUCAGACUAUGUCAUAAGCAUAUAAAUAUGAAUUAUGUGGAAGGCCAUCUAAUGUGAAUAUAUUGUAAUGAAAUUAAUAAAACACAAUUAUCACAAGUAGGAUGUGAGUCACUAUAGCAGAUUAAUACACAUCACAGCUUUAGUUUUGUACCGUGGAAUACAUUUGUCUCAGUUGAUCUCGCGUAGUUCUUUUGUUUAUUUUUAAACAGGGCAUGAAUGAUAGAUGGAAAGGCUAUCACACCCAUUAUGAGAAAGUGCGGAGCUUUUCAUUAGAAAUCGAUCUAUGUAUAACCACUAGAAGGCGCUAGUGAAUUGUCCCGCAGACGGUUUAAAUAGCCAAGAGUGGAUGCACUACUCACUGAACACAGACGCAACGCUGAGAGUACGAGAUAACGGUCCACAACGCGGCAGGAAUUAAACUAUAACGGAGUUCGGUUUGCUUCAAUAGAUUAAACAGACAUUGAGAAUCAAGGAGAUUUCACCAAUUUAAAGAUUAGAUUUUCAACUGUUCAUGUAUUUUGUCUAUUUUUCAUCAACUCCCAUUUUAGUAUCGUUUAUUAUCAAACGUCAUCUCAUCGGAAUACCAUGACGAGCUCUGCGGUUCAACUUCCCGGUUAUGCUCUUGCUUUGAUCGGUCUUGUUGGCUCAAUGAUUGCCACCACUAUGGUGGAGUGGAAAAGGCACUCUUACACAGAGAGCACGGUAACAUCAAAGGAAACUUACCUGGGGUUAUGGAUGUCAUGCACAGUCGACGUCACAAGACACACGAUGUGCGUCAAUUACAAGUCACUCUUUCACCUGCCAGCUGAGAUUCUGACCACCCGAGUGGUGAUGAUCCUCAGUGUCAUGUUGUCAGCCGUUGGGGUGCUGGUAGCCACGCUGGGGAUGAGAUGCACCCGAUGCCUGGAGGAGGAUGAAAAGCAGAAGGACAGAGUAGCCAUUGUUGGAGGAUUCCUCUUCGUCAUCGCAGGUGUUCUGGCCAUAUCGGUAACCUCCUGGUUUGCCAACGCCAUCAUCCGGUCCUUUGAAUUCUCAGACUCACCUACUUCCUUACAUAACAGAUUUGAGUUUGGCAACGCUGUGCUGGUGAGCUGGGGUGCAGGUAUCUGCACUGUGGUGGGCGGAUUUCUCCUGGGCUGCGGGUAUCUGUGGAGUUGUCCCCAGGGCUCACGCUCAGUCUCAUCCUUCACCCAACCCAAAGUAAUCCCUGGCACCCGGCCUGGCACCCACUAUGUUUAAGGGGCCUCACGAUGCCUAGAGGAAGCCCUAGGAAGCUCAAUUCGUUGAGGCUUAAACCAGAGAGCCUACUACUCACACCAAAGGACUACAGUAGAGCAGAAUACGUGUAGUUACUCAAGUACUCUACUGUGUGUGAUUUGCCUACAUUAUGAUUGUGAGAGUUCAUUUGGGAGGUCUGUGUGCUCCAUGAAAGUAUUUUUCUAAUGAAUUGUGUUUGGAUGUGUGAAGAUGGUUGGCUGUGGUCAUGAUGUGUAACACCUGCCAUAUAUCCGUUUUCAACCUCAAGUAAAGUGCCUCCACUAAAGGAAUUUUCAAAUAUCGCCAAUGUAGUUACCAUUUCAUUAUAUACCAUCACCAAUGUACAAUGCUGCAGAGCAGGAUUCCUAUGACUUUCUCAAAAUGUACAGGGGGCAAUAAGCAGGAAAUACGGAAUCCCCUAACCAGGGCUUCUGGGAAACCUAGGAAUUUUGGUAAUGUUACUGGAACUGUGCAACUCUACUGCAGAGUAAGCUUCUAUAAAUAUCAGCUUGAUUGAACUGUGCCUGAUGAUGUUCUGUUGGGGCCAACAGAUUAGAAUACAACUUCCAUUUAAUGAUUUUCACUUUUUACCAAGGGGAGGUAUUGGUUUGGACAUGCAGGUGUGCAGACGGUUGGUUGACCUACGGCACAGAUUGCACAUAACAAGAAACUUUAUUUUCACAUUUGUAAAUUUGAAAUGUGAACUUUAGAGUGUACUGUACUGCAAUAUUCCCUUAAUUUAGUACUUGAUCACGUGCUAUAUAUGGUAAAAUUGUCAUAAAUCUGCUGUAUUAUUAUCAAGAUUAAUUUGCAUAAAGAUACUUCAUUAGAUAAAGAUA